AUGGGGAACCACAAGUUCAGGAUGGCCGACAUGAUGCCCAAUGCAUGGUUCUACAAGCUCAAGGACAUGAGCAAGGGGGGUAGGAAAGUCAACCCUCCGCCGCCAAGGCCGACGGUGGAAGCGCAGCAGCCCUACCAGCCGGGGAGAAGCUCCUACUACAUCCCUAGCCAGCAGGAGCUUCUCCCCAAUACUCCGGUCAACCCCAGAGUCUCCCACACCCAUUUUCCCCUCGACCCACCGCGGAAAUCCAAGAAGACACGCCGGGGGACUAGCAGGCCCUCUAGCAGGUUCCUGACGUCCGUCUCCAGCGACGAGAACGGCGGUGAAGUCCCCUUCUCCGACAAGCUUAUCGUCUCAGAAAGCUACGACCACUGCGGCUCCAGCGGCGACUCCUCCGCCGCCGGAAAGCCCAACGAGGAGGAAGAUUUGUCAAGGCCCCCCCCGGUCCGCCUCCCUCCAAUUCUCACAAAACCCCCCAGGAAAGGAGACGACAGGAAGAUCCGCUCCCCCUCCUUCAGGAGAUCUCCUGACGGUGUUCAAGGUCUGAGGAUGCGGCUCAGCUCUCCGAGGCUGGCCACCAAGAACAUCCAAGCCCAGCGGGGCAGGAGGUCUGCGGCAUCGGCGGCGUCCGCGGCGUCGGCGGGGGGUUCGGCCCCGAGGAAGUGCCUCACCCAGAGCUUCGCCGUGGUGAAGUUCUCCUCCGACCCUCAGAGGGACUUCCGAGAUUCCAUGGAGGAGAUGAUCGCAGAGAACAACAUCAACUCCUCCAAAGACCUGGAGGAUCUCCUCGCCUGCUACCUCUCCCUCAACUCCAACGAGUACCACGAUGUCAUCGUCAAGGCCUUCGAGCAAAUCUGGUCAGAUCUCACUGACCGCAGACGCCAUGAAUCUCACAAGCCGAGACACUGCAGAUAA